AUGAGUUACGGCAAAAAGGACGAAGACGCCGACCUCGGGCUGGUCAAGGUGGACAGAACCCAAGUUUUCCAAGAAGCACGACUCUUCAACAGCUCCCCUAUCCAGCCUCGACGAUGUCGCAUUCUCCUCACAAAGAUCGCCCUCCUUCUCUACACCGGAGAGAAGUUCCCUACAAACGAAGCUACAACCCUCUUCUUCGGCAUCUCCAAGCUCUUCCAGAACAAGGAUGCCAGUCUCCGACAGAUGGUUCACCUUGUUAUCAAGGAGCUCGCCAACUCGGCCGAGGAUAUCAUUAUGGUUACUAGCACGAUUAUGAAGGAUACUGGAGGCAGCACCGAUACCAUCUACCGACCCAAUGCUAUUCGUGCUCUUUGCCGCAUUAUCGAUGCCACGACUGUCCAAUCGAUCGAACGAGUUAUGAAGACAGCAAUUGUCGACAAGAACCCCUCCGUAUCUUCAGCCGCCCUGGUCUCAUCCUACCAUCUCCUCCCGAUCGCAAAGGAUGUCGUUCGACGAUGGCAGAGCGAGACACAAGAGGCCGCUGCCUCCAACAAGUCAUCCGGUGGCUUCUCCCUCGGUUUCAGCACCUCAAGUAGCCAGGUGCCCAUGAACCACUCGACCAUGUCUCAAUAUCACGCUGUUGGUCUCCUGUACCAAAUGCGCAUGCACGACCGAAUGGCUCUGGUUAAGAUGGUCCAGCAAUUCGGUGCUCCUGGUGCUCUCAAGAGCCCCGCUGCCAUCGUCAUGUUGGUUCGACUUGCCGCACAGCUCGCCGAGGAGGAUGCUUCAUUGAGGAAGCCCAUGAUGCAGCUUCUCGAUGGCUGGUUGCGACAUAAGAGCGAAAUGGUCAACUUUGAGGCUGCCAAGGCCAUCUGCGACAUGCGAGAUGUUACCGAUGCUGAGGUGUCGCAAGCUGUCCAUGUCCUCCAGCUCUUCUUGACCUCUCCUCGCGCCGUCACCAAGUUUGCCGCUCUCCGAAUCCUCCACAACUUCGCCAGCUUCAAGCCCAACGCCGUCAACCCCUGCAACCCCGAUAUCGAGCUCCUCAUCUCCAACAGCAACCGAUCUAUUGCUACUUUCGCCAUCACCACGCUACUCAAGACCGGUAACGAGGCUAGUGUCGACCGUUUGAUGAAGCAGAUCUCAACCUUCAUGUCCGAAAUUACCGACGAGUUCAAGAUCACAAUUGUUGAAGCUAUCCGAACACUUUGCCUCAAGUUCCCCAGCAAGCAGGCUGGUAUGCUUACCUUCCUUAGCGGUAUCCUGCGCGACGAGGGUGGUUAUGAGUUCAAGAGGGCUGUUGUGGAAAGCAUGUUUGACUUGAUCAAGUUUGUUCCCGACUCCAAGGAGGAUGCGCUUGCUCACCUUUGCGAAUUUAUCGAGGAUUGCGAGUUCACUAAGCUGGCUGUCCGAAUCCUCCAUCUUAUUGGUCUUGAGGGUCCCAAGACUGCUCAGCCUACCAAGUACAUUCGAUACAUUUACAACCGAGUCGUUCUCGAGAACGCUAUUGUCCGAGCUGCUGCUGUUACCGCCCUUGCUAAGUUCGGUGUCGGCCAGAAGGACCCCGAUGUCAAGAGCAGUGUUCGCGUUCUCCUCACCCGAUGCUUGGACGACGUUGAUGAUGAGGUCCGUGACCGUGCUGCUCUUAACCUCAAGCUCAUGAAUGAGGAGGAUGACGAGAUGGCUGUUCGCUUCGUCAAGAAUGAGAACAUGUUUUCUCUCCCCUACUUCGAGCAGCAGCUCGUUAUGUAUGUCACCUCGGAAGAAGCGUCUGCUUUCGAUAGCCCCUUCGAUAUCUCCAAGAUUCCUGUGGUUACUCGAGAGCAGGCUGAUGCCGAGGACCGAUCUAAGAAGCUGAUUGCCACCACCCCCACCCUCAAGGCUCCCAAGGUUGGCCCUACCAAGGCCACCGGUGCCGAGGCCGUGGCGACUGCUUCUGCUCAGGCUCAAAAGUACGCCCAGGAGCUUAUGGAGAUUCCCGAGAUGCAGGAGUUUGGCAAUGUGCUCAAGUCUUCGCCUCUCAUCGAGCUUACCGAGGCCGAGACCGAGUACGUUGUUUCUCUGGUCAAGCAUAUCUUCAAGGAGCAUGUUGUUCUCCAAUACGAGGUCAAGAACACCUUGCCCGACACCGUCCUCGAGAACGUCUCAGUUGUCGCCACCCCUGCCGAUGACGAGGAGCUCGAGGAGGUCUUUAUCAUCCAGGCCGAGAAGCUUGCAACUGAUGAGCCCGGCAAGGUCUACGUGGCCUUUAAGAAGAUUGGUGGCGAGGCUUCUCUGCCCAUCUCCACAUUUACCAAUGUUCUCAAGUUCACCAGCAAGGAGAUUGAUCCCUCAACGGGCGAACCUGAAGACACUGGCUAUGAUGAUGAGUAUGAGGUGGCCGAGUUUGACCUUUCUGGCAGCGACUACGUGAUCCCCACAUUUGCCGGUAACUUUAGCCAUAUCUGGGAACAGGUUGGUGCUUCCGGCGAGGAGGUCACAGAAACCCUCCAAUUGAGUGGCAUGGAGAGCAUCGCAGAUGCUACGGAGCAACUUACAAAGGCUUUGUCUCUGCAGCCGCUGGAGGGUACCGACGUGCCCGUCAACCAGACCACUCACACACUCAAGCUUCUGGGCAAGACAGUUGGCGGAGGCCGCGUGGUUGCCAACGUCAGGAUGGCUUUCUCAUCAAAAACUGGUGUCACGACAAAGAUCACGGUGCGAAGCGAGGAGGAGAAUGUGGCUGCCCUAGUUAUCGCGUCAGUCGCUUAAAGAUGAGAAGCAAAGCCGGCGUUGAAAGGAUAAUGAUGUAUCGAAAGCUUUGUCUCGGGUUUUAGAACACCUUACGAGUGUGGCGAGUAAUGUGAUUAUUUACGAUUCAUUUCCCUUGUCUCAUGAUUUUCACAAAAUGGGUGUGUUCAAGGCUGGUAAAAGUGAAGAGGGGGCGGAUAUUCAUUGGUUGGGUAGACGGAAGCGAUGAAGGUAUAAGCAUGUUUUUAUUGUAGCAUGGUUAUUGUGACCAUGAGAUUUGUUGCAAAAAGA